AUGCCUCUGGCUUUCCUCUGUCACCAGCGAUCUGCUCAGCCGCAGGUCAGGAUGAAGGAGCAGCACUGGCGGGGCCAUGAACUGUUUUACACGGAGAAGGAGUGCCUGGCUGCCCACCCCGCCUCACACACUUCCUGGCAGGCUGGCACCGGCCAGAACCUUCAGAGGCUUCAGAAAAGGGGUCGGAGGGGCGCUCAGGGACUAAAGGGCCGAACGAACCCCUCAGACUCCCGAGCUGGCUCAGGUGAAGGACUAGAGCCAAGUACCCGCUCUUGGAGCCCGCAUUUAGGACGGGAAGCCCAACUCACCUGGGCGGGGGCUGCCAGGAGCGCCGAAGCCAUCGCUCCUUCCUCCUCUGUUCUCAGGGGGCCCUUAGCUGGGGGUGAGAAAGAAAAACGACUGACAUUCAAGGAUGUGGCUGUUGACUUCACUCAGGAGGAGUGGAAGCAGCUAAACACUGCUCAGAGGGAUCUAUACAGAGAUGUGAUGCUGGAAAACUAUAAGAACCUGGUCUUACUUGGACUCCUUGUUUUUCAACCAGAAGUGAUCCACCAGUUGGAGGAUGGCGAAGUCCCAUGGAUACCAGAGGGAGAACUCUCAAGAAGUCCUCAUUCAGGUUCUUUCAUUCGGGAGAUGUGGUAUGAAACAGAGUCACUUCCAAUCCAGGACAUUUCUAUGGGAGAGUCAUCCAAGGAAGGACUUGCAAAGGAUAAUCCUAGGGAUUGCAGAUUGACAGGAGUCUGGGAAUGUGAUAACAGGAAAACCUCACUAUGGAAGCAUGACAAUAUCCAUUCUCAAGAGAAACCCUUUGUAUGUAAUGAAUGUGGGAAGGCCUUCAUAGAAAGAGGAAGACUAACAGAACAUAAGAAAAUUCACACAGGAGAGAAACCCUUUGAAUGCAAUGAGUGUGGGAAGACCUUCUGCUACCCAUCAAAACUCACUCUCCAUAAGAGGAUUCAUACUGGAGAAAAACCAUUUAAAUGUAACGAGUGUGGGAAAGCCUUCAUAGACAAAGGAAGACUUACUGGACAUAAGAAAAUUCACACAGGAGAGAAACCUUUUGAAUGUAAUGAAUGUGGGAAGGCUUUCUGCUACCGAUCAAGUCUUAUUGGACACAAGAGAAUUCACACUGGAGAGAAACCUUUUGAAUGUAAUGAAUGUGGAAAGGCCUUCUGCUACCCCUCAAGUCUUACUCUCCAUAAGAGAAUUCACACUAGAGAGAAACUCUUUGAAUGUAAUGAGUGUGGGAAAGCUUUCUGCUACCCAUCAAAGUUGAUUUUCCAUAAGAGAAUUCAUACUGGAGAGAAACCCUUUGAAUGUAAUGAAUGUGGGAAAGCCUUUAUAGACAAAGGAAGGCUUACUAAACAUAAGAAAAUUCACAUAGGAGAAAAGCCCUUUGAAUGUAAUGAGUGUGGAAAGGCUUUCUCCUACCCAUCAAAACUUACUCUCCAUAUGAGAAUUCAUACUGGAGAGAAACCCUUUGAAUGUAAUGAGUGUGGGAAAGCCUUCAACUGCAAAGCAAGUCUUACUAAACACAAAUUAAUUCAUACGGGAGAAAAGCCCUUUGAAUGUAGUGAAUGUGGGAGAAACUUCAGGCAAACUUCAGCACUUCGGAAGCAUCGGAAACUUCACACCGGAGCUAAUCUACACAAGAUAUUUCAUACCGGGGAGAAGCCCUUUGAGUGUAAUGAGUGUGAUAAGGCCUUCAAACACAAAGCAAAUCUUACAGAACACAAGUUAAUUCACACUGGAGAGAAGCCCUUUGAAUGUAAUGAAUGUGGGAGAGGUUUUCGGCGACGUUCAUUACUUAGGAGGCAUCAGAGACUUCAUAAUAAAGAAACUGUAUUACGUUAAUGAAUGUGGGAAGGCAGUGGAAUCUUUCUCCAUCAGGGAAAAACCCUUUGAAUGUAAUGACUCUGGAAAGCCUGUAGCACCAGCUUCUCCCCUAGUCACCAUCAGAAUUC